AAACUGAUAUUGUACAAUCGAAACGCAAACGCGGUUCUCUUAUGGCAAAAAGCCACGAGUUCUUGGUUCUUACAGAUAAGGUUCGUAAUUUUGUUAUAGUGCCAUACCUUCCUUCGUUAUCCGCCUGAAGUGAAAAGUUUUGCGUGCUCUUUUAGCCGAGUUCGAAAUGGCUUCGUCGUCCUUUCUUCUUCCGUUAAGUUCUGUAUUUGGUAGAGGAACUUCUACCAAUUGUCAAAGUGUAUCUAGAAACAGAUGCCAAAACCUCACAGUGCAAUACUCUGCUUCAUGGGAUAGAGUUAGAACUGGAGGUUCAAGGGAAUAUGAAGAUGACUUCGCUCUAAUUAACCGUAGGACUAUGAUUGGGUUAACCUUUGGGAUUUCUAGGCUUGUGGUCUCAUUUGAUGCUGAGCCUGCGGGGCUUCCUCCCGAGCAAAAGCUGAGAUUAUGUGAUGAUGCUUGCAAGGAGAAACUUGAAAAUGUACCUAUGGUAACUAUAGAGUCUGGCUUGCAGUACAAGGAUAUUAAAGUUGGCAUUGGUCCUAGUCCACCUGUUGGUUUUCAGGUCGCUGCAAAUUAUGUUGCCAUGGUGCCCUCUGGACAAAUAUUUGAUAGUUCUUUGGAAAAAGGUCAACCUUAUAUAUUUCGUGUUGGCUCUGGUCAGGAUUUGGUGAUAAAGAGGAUUAUUGGCAGUGGGUGUGAAGAGAAAGGACUCUACCUACUUGAACCUCAAUCACCUUUAUUGGUUACAACUUACAACUUAGUCUUAUGUGUGUGGACGUACUGAUAGUAGUUCUGUGUAUUUUGUGAUGUUAUGGCACCAACGUUUAGGACAUCCAUCUUUUGUUGUUAUGAGGAAGCAGUUACCUCAUUUAUU